AUGUGCAAACAAUGUAGAGAUGAACAUCUAAAAAGUCCAGAAAACAGGAACCAUGAGGUAGUCCUUUACCAGCAACAUAAACAACAACAAUGCAAGAUCCACCCCACUAAAGAUAUAGACAUGCUUUGUGAAGAAUGCCAAGUUGAUCAGUACAGCAAAAGUGAUAUUGCCAUAUUACUUGGUGAAAUACAUGUCCUCAACACAAAGGCAGAGAUGAGGGAAAUAAGGCCUAUGGAAAGUGCCCACAAUGCAGCAAUAUCACCUACACAUAAACAGAUGAAAGAAGACAGAGAGAUAUCUGACAAGACACAAACAAGGUCUCUAUCUGCCUCUGUCACCAAGCUCAGAGAGUUCAUUUUACCAGGUGUUAGUAACGCACACCAUAUAUCACUAGAUCAAUUAGACAGACUCUGGAUCAGUGACAGUGAGGGUAAUCUUGUCCAAACAGAUCUACAGGGGAAUAAGAUACAAGAGAUAAAAACCAGUGGUGGGUCUCAAGGUUACCACACAGUGACACAGGGUGGGGAUCUGGUCUUUACAGACAAAGACAAUAAAGUCAUCAAUAGGAUAACACAGGAUAACAAUAUCACUCAAUUCAUGAAAACUGGAAACUGGACACCACUCAGCAUACACUCGUCCCAUAUCAAUGGAGACAUACUGGUGGGUAUGAAGACAGUUGAAGAGGAUAAUAAAGUCAUCAGAUACAACAAGACAGGAAAAGAACUUCAAAACAUACAGUGGAAUAACAAGGGAGAGGAACUGUAUGGUAGACCAGACUACAUCACAGAAAACACCAAUGGAGAUAUAUGUACAUCAGACUAUAUUAAAGGAGUAGUAGUGGUGGAUAAAUCUGGAAAACAUAGAUUCUCAUACAAAAGUCAGGAGUCAAAUUUCCGUCCAUUUGGAAUCUGUACUGAUGUCCUUUGUCAUAUUCUGGUUUGUUAUAGAAAUUAUAGUAACACUGUUCACAUCCUUGAUCAGGACGGUCAGUUCUUGUCUCUAUUACAUAUUCAACAAGGGGUAGAGUAUCCCCGUUGUAUGUGCAUAGAUGGUGAGAACAAUCUCUAUAUGGGACAAGCUUUCACCAACACACUGACUGUGUUCAAGUAUUUUCAGUGA